UGUCCUAUCAAUGAGAUCCAAAGGGAAUUGGGUUUAAGGUCUGGUCUUUGAGAAUGACGUCUAGCCAGUGAAGCCCAAGACAACUAGGCCGCCUAUGGCCAGCAGAACAGACCUUCCUUUGGGCAGAGCACCCUCAGCAGUUCUUCCCAGACUGAAAAGGCCUCCACCUAUUGGGAUUGGAAACAUACUUGGAUCCGUGCUGGGCAGACUGAGUAAGAUUUGCCUGUCAAUGCAUUACCCCAAGGAAGCCCAGAAUGAAGAAAGUGAGCAGGACGACGGUGUCAGCACCCAAACCGCCGGGGACAGUUAAGAGCAAGCCAGACGGCCAGACGGGAGGCAAGCUUCCCAAGCCCAGCACAGCCUCGUUAACCAAGGCCAAAAGCAACGAUGACCUCUUGGCUGGCGUGGCUGGAGGGGCAGCAGGGACAAACAGCAUGAAAGGGAAGAAGACGUGCCCGGUGGCGGCCUCGGCCUCCAGCGUUCUUGCUGUGAGCACUGUGGAGAGCAAGGCCAAGCCCAGCACAGGGACAAGCUCCAAAAGAAACACAUCUGCUGGGAGCAAAGAAUCCAACUCCACGCGUGAACGGCUGCGUGAGCGGUCCCGUCUGAGCUUGAGCAAGAGGGUGCCUGCCACAGGUCAGGGCCCCAGCGACCCCACGUUGGCACUGACCAAGCGCUCCCGUAGCCGCGGAGGCGCCGAGACUGAUGUGCGCAUGAGCAAGUCCAAGUCAGACAACCAGAUAAGCGACAAGGCGGCCCUGGAGGCCAAGGUGCAGGACCUGCUGGGGCUGGCCAAGGCCAAGGACGUGGAGAUCCUCCGCCUGCAGAACGAGCUGCGGGACAUGCGGGGGCAGCUGGGGCUGCGGGAGGAGCCCCUGGAGGGCGCAGCCCACGUGGAGUCCACCUUACUGCAGCUCCAGGACCAGAAUGCCACUGUCCACCAGAAACUCAACCAACUGAAGAAUGAAAACCGGAUGCUUAAGGACCGCUUGAAUGCCCUGGGCUUCUCACUGGAGCAGGGGCUUGACCAGCCUGAGAAGCUGUUUGGCUGCCAGUCCAUGAGCCCAGACAUGGUGGCACCAGCGGCAUUGGCACCAGCGGUAGUGGCGAGUGGCAGUCCCAGCGACGGUGGCGGGGGCACGCUGGCCUCGUCGGCCGAGGGCUCAGCUCAGGGCUCCCUGGAGGACCUGCUGAGCCCAGAUGAGCCGGUGCCCAUGGGCCGCCCGCAGAGCGCGUCCCUGGACAACCUGGACAGCGAGUGCAGUGAGGUGUACCAGCCACUAACGUCGAGCGAUGAUGCCUUGGAUGCGCGGGGCUCCUCACGCUCCCCGUCGGCCUCAUCCUCGUGUUCAGAGGCCGAGGGCCUGCGGAGCCGUGGUCGGCAGCGGCGGGGAACGCGGGAGCAAGGCGAGGCGGCCUCAGUGGCGUGUCUGACGGAGCGUCUGCAGCAGAUGGAGGAGAACCAGCACAGCACGUCCGAGGAGCUGCAGGCCACGCUGCAGGAGCUGGCCGACCUGCAGCAGAUCUCGCAGGAGCUGGGAGGCGAGAACGAGCGCCUGGGCGAGGAGCGGCUGCUGCUGCUGCAGUCACUGUGCCAGCAGAGUGAGCGCCUUGAACUCUUGGGCCGUCAGCUUGAGUACCUGCGCUCGCUGCUUGAUGAGCACCACAUCGCCUAUGUGCUCGAUGAGGAUGUCAAGAGCGGCCGCUACCUGGAGCUCGAGCAGCGCUUCCUUGAGCUGGCAGAGAGCGCGCGUUUUGAGCGUGAGCAGCUGCUGGGUGUGCAGCAGCACCUUAGCGCUGCCCUGCAGAUGGCUGAGCAAGACAACAAGGACGCGCAGGAGCUCAUUGGUGCCCUCAAGGAGCGCAACCUCCACAUGGAGCGCGCCCUGGAGGCUGAGCAGAAGAACAGUGCCUCCCUGGCCACUGCCCUUGAGCAACAUCAGGCCACUGUGGCUGGAGACCAGGUGGAGCUGGGACGCUUGCGCGCCCAACUUGAGAGUGAGAAGCAACGCGUGGCCGAGCUCUACUCCCUCCACAGUGCAGGGGACAAGUCAGACAUCCAGGACCUCCUGGAUGGCGUGCGCUUGGAAAAGGACAAGGCUGAAGCUCUGGCUAGCAGCCUGCAGGAGGACCUGAACCAUGCCCGGGCCGAUGUUGCCCGUCUGCAGGACACCAUUGCCAAGGUCCAGGAGGAGUAUGGAGGCUUCCAAGAAGAGGCCCAGAAGAAGAUGGGAGAGCUGAACAUGGCCUUAGAGAAGCUGCGUUCUGAGCUGGAAGAGAAAGAGACAGAGCGAGGUGACAUGAAGGAGACCAUCUUUGAGCUGGAGGAUGAGGUGGAACAGCACCGAGCUGUGAAACUCCACGACAACCUUGUCAUCUCCGACUUGGAGAACACUGUCAAAAAACUCCAGGACCAGAAGCAUGACAUGGACAGAGAGGUCAAGACACUUCAUCGAAGGCUGCGGGAGGAGUCAGCGGAGUGGCGGCAGUUUCAGGCGGACCUGCAGACGGCUGUGGUCAUAGCCAACGACAUCAAAUCCGAGGCUCAGGAGGAGGUCGGGGAUCUGAAGCGCCGCCUCCAGGAGGCCCAGGAGAAGAAUGAGAAACUCAGCAAGGAGCUGGAGGAAAUAAAGUCCAGAAAGCAAGAAGAGGAGCGGGGCCGUGUCUACAACUACAUGAACACAGUGGAGAGAGACCUGGCUGCCUUACGCCAGGGCAUGGGCCUGAGCAGGAGGUCGUCUGCAUCCUCCGAGCCCACCCCGACAGUGAAGACCCUCAUCAAGUCUUUUGACAGUGCUUCUCAAGGACCAACCCCAACCCCAGCCACUGCAAUGCCUCGAACCCCGCUGAGUCCAAGUCCCAUGAAGACCCCUCCAGCAGCUGCUGUCUCCCCAAUGCAGCGGCACUCCAUGGGCGGCUCCUUGUCCACCACCAAGCCCCUGCCCACCCUGUCGGACAAGAGGCCAAACUACGGAGAUCUCCCUUGCCAAGAGCGUUUGUUACGCACGGGGUCAGGUAGCAGGCCAGCACCACUGCUGAGGGUCCCAGCCAUGGAGGGCGCCAAGUCUAUCGCAGCAUCUUCUCGCCGAAGUAGUGAAGAAAUCAAGCCCGACGGCCCUUCCGCAGCCUCUCUGAUGGCGAUUGGCCCCACAUCCCCUCAGCUCUCUCAUCCCUCCCCAACAGCAUCCGUCACCCCAACGGCCCGCAGCCGCAUCAGGGAGGAGCGGAAGGACCCCCUGUCGGCCCUGGCCCGAGAAUAUGGAGGGUCCAAGAGGAACGCCCUGCUGAAGUGGUGCCAGAAGAAGACUGAAGGCUACCAGAACAUCGACAUUACCAACUUCAGCAGCAGCUGGAAUGACGGCCUGGCCUUCUGCGCCCUCCUGCACACCUACCUGCCGGCCCACAUCCCCUACCAAGAGCUGAGCAGCCAAGACAAGAGAAGGAAUUUCUCCCUGGCCUUCCAGGCAGCAGAAAGUGUCGGCAUUAAAUCCACCCUGAAUAUCAGUGAGAUGGUGCGGACUGAGCGUCCAGACUGGCAGAACGUCAUGCAGUACGUGACAGCCAUUUACAAAUACUUUGAGACUUGAUGCCGCUGGCCGGGGGUCCCCGCGGGACACGCGGGUGCCUUUCACUGGCCAGCCCAGGGUCCUUGCUAGGCCCUGGCUGGACCAAGAGCCAGCCGUGCCUUUCCCUGCAGACUGGAUCCUCAGGAAGGACCCCAGGAAGGGGGGGCGUGCCAUGCAGGGCCUGAGCUCACGCACUCACCUGCUUACCUUGGCUUGGUUGCCAUGGAAAUAAAAGGGUGUGAUCGAUGAAUGAAAAACAUUUUCCGUGAUGCACAACCCCCAAAAACUGGCCCUGACAUCAGCCCGUGCUUUACUCCUACCAAAGUUCAGUAGCGUUUUAAUAACGAUAAAGCUCCCACGGCCUGGUGUCGGAUCCAAGGAUUAGAUGGAAAGGAAGGAAGACAAGGGAAAACCCAGCCUUCCUGGUGCUCUGAGUGGGAUCGCUGGAGGCUCACCCCUCCUGGGCCUGAGCUCAAGAAAGUGCCUUUGCUCUCUCCUUGGAGGCUGAGCCACGCUCUACUGGCUCCCUUGAGGACCGGCCUUGCACCAGAGAUGUUGGCUGGCCAGAGCCCACAAGCUGUGUGCCUGCGCCUACCCACCUCAGAAACAUUUGAGCAAGGGCCUCCCUUCUGGUGUGGGCCACCCAAGCCAGCCUGAGAUCUCAGAGCCCUGGCCUGCUCUUCAUGAAGGAACCCCCUGGCCAACAUGUGUCUGUGAUGUCCAGCAAAGGAAGGAAGGAGGCUUCUACCCAGAGAGAGAGACACUGUGCGUGCGUGCGUGUGUGACGGAUGGUGCGUGCAUGAUGGAUGGUGCGUGCUCUUGGUACCAGGACCUGGGCCCACAUGACCUGAUUCAGGCUCCCCUGGCUCCCCAAAUCAGAUGCGCUCUGGCUCCAGCUCCGAUCACCUUGAACAACUGCUGUGUUCCACUGACAGAGGAAUGUUCACCCUCCAGGGCUUACUUAUGGGCUGGGCCAGUCAGAAAUGACCAGCCUUGGGGCCCUUGCCAUGGGCUGCCUGCACCCCUCUCCCACGAGGGCCACAGCCACGGUUCCUGGGUGGGCCACGGGGGUUUCCAACCACAGAGAAGCUUCUCCUGACAGACUGUCCUUUUUUAUUUUGUUCUGUUAACUUUCUGAAUGUAUUAAACGGUUACACACUUUA